AGUCACACAUGUAACUUCAAGGAUUUAUUACAGAAGAAGUCGAAGAGGUGGCACUCGGAUACGAGGGUGGGCGAUAGCAGUGAUGCAGUGGGGCUGAGCUGAAAUCACAGAGGACUUACCUGACAAACAGCCCUACGUUUUACAGACACAAGGAUUCACAAAGAUUACCAAGAUGAUGAAGAAAGCAAAAAUGGCAGAUCAUACUGCCAUUGGGCAGGUUCUUACACUGCCAGGCACUGAUGGACAGCUCGUCAAGAAAAAAGGAUUCAAAAGAAGAUCUAAAGUUCCAGGGGUCAUGAUCACUCAGUAUAUAGAACAUCUUCCAGAAGGAAAAAACACACCUGACUUUACCCGUAAACCCAUUCCUUUGACCAUACAGGAAGGUAAAUUAGCUAUAUUUAAAGCAAUUGUAACUGGGGAUCCAGAACCAAAAGUCACAUGGAGCAGAGCCAAGGGUGAGAUGAAUGAUCCACAAAAAUACCAAAAUAAAUACAACCCAACAACUGGUGAACAUACACUGGAGAUCCCACAAGUAAGUGGAGAAGAAGCAGACACUUACAAAUGCUAUGCUACAAAUGAGUUUGGGAAGGCAGUUUGCACCGUUGUCCUUAAUGUUAUUGAAGUUGGGUUCAAGAAGAAGAAAGCAAUGCAAGAGGCAGCAGUUCCAACUGAGGACCCAGCAGAGUUCAGAAAAUUGCUCAGAAAAAGUGCUGGUUUAAGAGAAGUGAAAAAGCAAGGAGAAAUUGAUGAGAAGGUCUGGGAAAUCCUUCUAAGCGCAGAUAAGAAAGACUAUGAACGCAUCUGUAUGGAGUACGGCAUUACAGACUUUCGUGGGAUGCUAAAGAAACUUGGUGAAAUGAAAAGAGAGAGAGAGGAAGAGCAAGCGCGGUUUAUUAAACAACUGAGUAACCUUAAACAUAUUGAGGUUAAAGCAGAAGAUCUUGCUCAGUUUGAACUGGACUUAGAGUUAAAUGACCCCAACAGCAGGAUAUUCCUGUACAAGGAUGGUGUAAUGAUUCCUUACAGCAGAGAAGGGAAUACGGAAAUGAAGCAUAGUCUGAGGCAAGUUGGAAAGAAGUAUAUCUUCAGCAUUAAGAAUCUUCACUCAGAGGAUGCUGGACUUUACCAAGUGGAUGUGGAAGGCGUUAAUAUUUUCUCCACUGACUUUAAAAUUCCUCCAGUAGAAUUUCUUGUGAAAAUUGAAGAGGUAAAAGCCACAGAAAGAGAGGAUGCCCUCUUCGAAUGUGUCAUAUCCCAACCCUUGCCACAUAUAUACUGGAUUGGAAAGAACAUCCCUUUGGAAGCUGGCGAGAAGUAUGACAUCACUGUGUCAGAGAACAUGUUGAUCCAUAGAUUACUUGUGAAAGAUUGCAUGCCUGUUGACCAGGGCAUCUAUGCAGCUGUGGCUGGCAUCACUUCCUGCAAUGCCUGGCUUAUUGUUGAAGCUGACAAAGAUCCCAGUUCACAUGGUAAGAAGACAGCCAGAAAAGGUACCGUGGCUGGUGGUAGUGGAAAGAACCUGGAGAAAAUCGCUCAAGAACAGCAGGAAAAACUGAAGCAAGAGAUGAUGGAUUUGUUGGAUGCUGAAAAAAAGGCCCAAGCUGAAAGACAGGGAGCUGGCAGAGCAGGGGGCGUGGCUGGAGUUGCUGGUGGGGCAGGAGCCUUGGGUGGAGCAUCUGGUGGAAUGGGAGUCAUAGCUGGAAUUGCUGGUGAGGCAGGAGCCUUGGGUGGAGCAUCUGAUGGAAUGGGGUUCAUGGUUGGAUUUGCUGAUGGGGCAGGCACCUUGGGUAGAGGAGCUGGUGGAGUGGGGGGCCUGAUUGGAGUUGCUGGUGGUGCAGAGGCCCAGGGUGGAGGAGCUGGUGGAUUGCUGGGUAUUAGUGGAGUUGCUGGUGGGACAGGGGCCCUGGGUGCAGGAGCUGAUGGAAAGGGAGGAAUUGGUGGAGCUGCUGGUGGGGCAGGGGCUCUGGGUGGAGGAGCUGAUGGAAAGGGAGGAAUUAGUGGAGUUGCUGGUGGUGCAGGGGCCCUGGCUGGAGGAACUGAUGGAAAGUGGGGAAUUGGUGGAGUUGCUGGUGGUGCAGGGGCCCUGGCUGGAGGAGCUGAUGGAAAGGGGGGAAUUGGUGGAGUUGCUGGUGGAGCAGGGGCUCUGGGUGGAGGAGCUGAUGGAAAGGGGGGCAUUAGUGGAGUUGCUGGUGGUGCAGGGGCCCUGGCUGGAGGAGCUGAUGGAAAGGGGGGAAUUGGUGGAGUUGCUGGUGGUGCAGGGGCCCUGGCUGGAGGAGCUGAUGGAAAGGGGGGAAUUGGUGGAGUUGCUGGUGGUGCAGGGGCUCUGGGUGGAGGAGCUGAUGGAAAGGGGGGAAUUAUUGGAGUUGCUGGUGGGGCAGGGGCUCUGGGUGGAGGUGCUGGUGGAGUUGGGGGAAUGGCUGGAGUUCCUGGUGGUUCAGGGACCUUCAGUGGAGGAGCCAGUGGGGCAGGAUUUAUGGAGAGUGGAGCUGGUAUGACAGGGGAUGUGAGUGGAAGACUUUUUGGGGAAGGAAGCUUAGGUGGAGAUGCUGGUGGGGCAAAGGUCAUGACUGAAGGAUUUGGUGGGGCAGGAAAGUUGGGUAUUGGACCUGGUGUGACAGGGGGUGGGGCUGGGGGCAUGGCAGGGGCAAGUGAUGCACUUGGGGGAUCUGGUGGCACAAGGGGAGCCAGAGAGAUUGGGGAAGCUGGUGAGACUGGAGCCAUGGGUGGUGGAACUGCCAGUGGUGCUGGUGCCAGCAGGGUAACGAUGGGGGCUGGGGGUAUGGUUGUAGGAGCUCGGGGUACUGUUGGGGAAACUGGAGCAACAGGGGGUGCGGGAGAAGUAGGAGGUGCAGGUGGGAGUAAAGAGGGUGUGGGGGGCACAGAUGGGACUGGAGGUACAGGUGGUGGAGAAGGGGCAGGUGGGGGAGAAGGGGCAGGAGAGCCUGGUGGAAGUACUAGACCAGGUGGAGCGGGAGGAGCAGGUGGAUCUGCUGGGGGAGAUGGAAAUGGUCCAGGAAAGCCUGGAGGAAAUGGAGCUGGAGAAGAAGGCGCUGGAGGAAAUGAGAGUGCAAAAGGCGAUGCAAAGAAGGGGAAGCGCGGCAAAAAAGGGCCACUGGAACCAGCCGCAGUCACAGAGGCUGGAGUUCACUUUACCUGUGGGUUACAAGAUAUCAGAGGUGUAAUUGGUGAAUCUACUGAAAUGCUCUGUAAAGUGAGCAAAGAGGACUGUAAAGGCGUCUGGUACAAAGAUGGAAAAGAGCUAUCAUCCUCAGCAGGGUUGACAAUUUCUAAAGAGGGGACUGUCCACAAGUUAAGAAUUCAAAAGGUCACAGAAGAGUCUGCAGGAAAAUACCGCUUUGAGGCAGAUGGGCGUAAAACAGAAGCAGUGAUUGUUGUCGAAGACCCACCCAGGUUCGAUUCCAAGGAACUGGCUACAUUUUGUCUUCCUGUAACUGUGAAAAGUGGUCAAAACGCAUCCUUCAAAGUAACAUUUGUGGGUCGUGAACCAAUGAAAAUUCAGUGGUACAAAGAUGAUGAGGAGCUUAGCAAUGAUGUAAAUGUUAAGCUGGAGAAGUCCCCUGGGCACAGCCGACUGCUACUUAGCAAAUUGCAACGUAAAGACUCUGGAGAAAUUAAGGUGAAGAUCAAAAAUGAGUUUAGUACCACGGAGGCCUACAGCAAAGUUAUUGUCCUUGACAAGCCCACUCCUCCACAAGGACCAUUGGAGAUACUUGAAAGCUCUGCACACUGCAUUGAGAUCAAAUGGAGAGUCCCAAAGGAUGAUGGGGGUGCCCCAGUGACAAAUUAUAACCUGGAACGUCAGCAGGUGGGACGCAACACCUGGAAGAAGAUCGGUAAUGUCCCAGGCAACCCCCCAGUGUACAGGGACACCGAUGUGGACCACGGCAAAAGAUACUGUUAUCGCAUUAGAGCUAUAACUUCACAGGGCAUCAGUGAGAUAAUGGAGACAGAGGAUGUACAGGCAGGUACCAAAGCAUAUCCUGGUCCUCCUGCCACACCUAAAGUAGUGAGUGCUUUCAAGGACUGCAUCAACCUCUCUUGGGCUGCCCCAACCACAACUGGAGGGACAAACGUUUUAGGCUACAAUGUGGAAAAACGCAAGAAAGGCAGCAAUCUGUGGAGUCAAGUUAACCCAGAGGGAGAGCUAAUUCAAGCAAGAAAGUAUGCAGCGAGAGACGUAGUUGCAGGGGUGCAGUAUGAAUUUCGUGUAUCUGCAGUCAAUGUUUCUGGGGCUGGUGAACCUAGUACCCCAACUGAUUUUGUGUCUGCAAGAGACCCCAAGAAACCUCCUGGUAAAGUAGUUGACCUGAAGGUGACAGACUCCUCUUACAAAACCUUGACUCUUUCUUGGAAUAAACCUGUUGAAGAGAAGGGCAUGAAUGAUGAGGCUAAAGGGUACUUUAUAGAGAUCAGACUGGCAGAGAACCCAGAGUGGCACCGCUGCAACACCAAUCCUAUCACUAUGACCACCUACACAGUGAAGGGCCUGAGGUCUAUGGCAAUGUACUGGGUUAGGGUGAUUCCUAUGAAUGAAGGGGGAGAGGGGGAACCAAGAGAGCUGAAUAACUACAUCCUAGCAAUGCCCCCACCUGUGAGGCCACGAUUCACAGACAUCAAGCUCAAGAAUUUCUGUGUGGUGAGAGCUGGGAAUUCUACUCGGAUCAACAUCAACUUUGAGGCCUCACCUUGGCCGGAAGUAACGUGGCUGAAGGAUGGUCUGCCAGUGCCUAAACACAUAACAAUAACCAAUUAUGAGGGAACCUCCCAGCUCCUGAUUCCUUCUGCAGAGCAUGCUGACAGUGGAAUAUACAGCAUCAUAGUCAAGAAUUUGGUUGGUCAGGAAACCCUCAGUGUUGAGAUCAGAGUGGCAGAUGAACCCAAGCCCCCUGGUCCAGUUGAGCUGGAGGAAAAUGUUCCUUACACAGUGACACUGUCAUGGGCGCCCUCUCCAGACGAGAAACGUGACGAUCGUCUGCACUACAUGGUUUCCAAACGCGACUCCGACAAGAUGACCUGGAACACUGUGGGUGACCACAUCUUCAAUAACAGGUUCACUGUCUGCAACAUCUUGCCUGGGCGCAAAUAUAAGUUCCGUGUGUAUGCCAAGAAUGACAUGGGGAUGUCUGACCCCGCUGAAUCGCCUCCCUGGGAAAUCAGCGCCAAAAAAGAAAAAUUCAUUCUGAAUCUGCCCGAGUCCAAAGAAUGCAACCUGCAGAGUCCACCAAAGUUUCUGGUCCCGCUGAAAUUGCACAGUGCUCCUGAAGGCUAUGAAUGCUUCAUGACCUGUGCUGUGAGGGGUGACCCGGCUCCUCAUGUCACCUGGUAUCACAACAACAUCAGUCUUAACACCAACGCCAACUACUACAUCACCAACACUUGUGGUGUGUGCUCCAUGCUCAUCCUAAGGGUUUGCCCCAACGACAUGGGCGAGUACAAGGUCAUCGCAGAAAAUCCUCUGGGCAGGGCCGAAAGUUCCACCAUGCUUAAUGUCAGAGAAUAAAGCAGUAGUAACUUCAAGGCAACAAAAUUGGUUGGAUUUUGUUUUUAAUGUUAUGUUUUAGGGGGUGCGGUGGUGCGGUGGUGCGGUGGGUUGGACCAC